AUGGCUCAGAGUGCCUUUCACCGCCUCCUAGGGGGCUUCGCAUUUUAUUCUGUUGCACUAUUCACAUACGCCCUACUCUUCUUCUUGUCCAUCAGAAAUGGUUCAUUCUUCAGGGAAGCGUCAGAGAAAGAUGAGAACGACCUAGCAUUGGAGCGCGACCGCUACUGGAACCUCAGCAAGCAACCCUUCCCCGGCUUCGAUCAUCACUUCCAUACCCUCCGCAAUGGCAGGAAGCUACACUAUGUAUGCAACAAGGAGCAAAAGCCACAAUCAGGCAAUCUCAUGAUACUCAUCCAUGGCUUCCCCGAUUCCUUUGUCCUGUGGAAGGGUCUGUUGCAAGAGCCUGCUGUACCCCUGACAGAGGCAACAUGGGUUGCUGUUGAUCUACCUGGCUACGGAGGUAGUGACAGCUUCGACAAGUACGACGUUGCAGUACUGGAAGCUUUGGCUGAAUUCAUCGUGGCCAUGAGGGAUACGUUUCUCACCAUUGACGGCGAUGGCGUUCCUCAGGCCAGCACCUACAUUGUAGCACAUGAUUGGGGUGCAGUCUUGUCCUUUCGACUGGCUUCUGAAGCUCCUUCGCUAGCCGAUAGGUUCAUACUGACCAAUGGACCUCACGUUGCCCUCAGUUUCGCAAACCGCGACCGCAUUGCCCACAGCUCGGAGAAGAUCUUCAAACAGUUUCGCCGCUCGCCAUGGCAGAACUUUGGCUGUUUGGGGAAGUCUCUCAAGGCUCUGUCUCCGCUGUUCAUACAGGCCUUGAUGUUUGGCUAUAUUGCGUCGUUCCACCUUCCGGUGCAGAUGGUCAAGUAUCUGGGAACCGGUGGAAAUCUAGCCUUCAUCAGAGGCUGUCAUUCUGUACAGCGUGGAUCAAAGAAGAUCGAACUCUACAUUGCAGAGGCACUGGCCGGUACGCUUGGACCUGGACCACAGGAAUGCAAGGUCACGUCUGCCCAGGCUACCAAUGGCUCCAACCAAGGAUAUGGUGAAAGCGUUUUGCAGCGAGCCAAAUCGCCUGCUAUUGCCUUCUGGCACCAGACCUGUUAUUACCGGGACGGGGCUUCCUAUAAGCCGUGGACCAAGUCACUUGAAACGAUUGCCGACCUGUACGCGCUGGAUUCUGCAGCUUCUGAAUCAAGCUCGCCUGCUAGACGUCGAUCAUCAUCCUCCGCUUCCUCUGGACUGUUCACACCGCAAAUCACCGGGCUACUCCAUGCUCCAGCUACUGUCCUUUGGGGGCUCAAAGAUCGAGCUUGUGGCAAGCAGAUCUGCCUUGAUGGAAUGGGAGAUUACCUUGCUAAGGACAGCGAGAUUGUGCUACUGCCGAGGAGUGGUCAUUGGACUCCGCUGGAGCCAGAUUCACGGGUAGCGUUGGCGCGAGUUGUGGGGAUGUAUGCGGAGAGCCAGGAGAAUGCAGUUGCGCGAGCAUCGGUUACGAAGUUUGUCGGUGAGGUAUAUGAAGGAGCCGUGCAGGUGACCAAGAAGUAA